CCUCCUUGCCUCCACUUCCCAAUAAAUACACCUCUGUAUCCAACGAUCGGUCUUCUCCACCAGGCCAUAAGCUUUUGGGAGGCUGCACAGGCCGACUACAACCUCUUCUUGCUGUUUGACCAUUGACCAACCCCCCAAAAUGACUCACCAGUUCCCAUCACUGUCUCCGACUCAGAAGAAGGAGCUCUCUGACAUUGCUCAGAGAAUUGUGGCCACAGGAAAGGGCAUCCUGGCUGCAGAUGAAUCUACAGGCACCAUGGGGAAGCGCCUCCAGAAAAUCAAUGUAGAAAACAAUGAGGAGAACCGGCGCUGCUUCAGGGACAUCCUUUUCUCCUGUGACGCAACCAUGGCCAACAGUGUAGGCGGAGUCAUCUUCUUCCACGAGACACUCUAUCAGAAAUCAGACUGCGGCAAACUCUUCCCCCAGGUCAUCAAAGAUAAGGGCAUUGUAGUUGGCAUCAAGGUGGACAAAGGCACAGCAGGGCUCAAUGGGACAGAUGGGGAAACCACCACACAAGGUCUGGAUGGCCUCUCUGAGCGCUGUGCCCAGUACAAGAAGGACGGCUGUGACUUCGCUAAGUGGCGCUGCGUGCUCAAGAUCUCAGAUGGCUGCCCGUCUGCUCUGGCCAUUGCAGAGAACGCCAAUGUUCUUGCCAGAUAUGCCAGCAUCUGCCAACAGAAUGGUCUAGUGCCAAUCGUAGAGCCAGAGAUCCUCCCUGAUGGAGAGCAUGACCUUCAGCGCUGCCAGUAUGUCACAGAAAAGGUUCUUGCUGCUGUGUACAAAGCUCUGUCUGAUCACCAUGUUUACCUGGAGGGCACGCUCCUAAAGCCCAACAUGGUGACAGCAGGACACUCCUGUCCCAAGAAAUUUACCCCUCAGGAGGUAGCCAUGGCAACAGUCUCUGCUCUGAGGCGCACUGUUCCCGCUGCUGUGCCAGGAAUCUGCUUCCUUUCUGGAGGACAGAGUGAAGAAGAAGCCUCUGUCCAUCUGAACGCCAUAAACCAGGUGCCCCUUCACCGUCCCUGGAAACUCACCUUCUCUUAUGGCCGCGCUCUGCAGGCCUCUGCCCUCGCCGCCUGGCAGGGCAAGCCCGAGAAUAAGGCUGCUGCUCAGGAAGCCUUCUGCACUAGGGCCAAAAUCAAUGGUCUCGCCUCCAAAGGAGAGUACAAACCCAGCGGCUCAGCGGACCAGGCCUCCACACAAUCUCUGUUCACAGAGAGCUAUGUCUAUUAAACCGCACACUACAAACACUGGAUCACAUGAACUGCACAAUGGACCAAAAUGUGACGACCAAAAUGCUCAUUCUUCCCUCACACUUCAAGGGAGAUUGUUGCUUUCACUUUAAAUUACUUUUGUCUACUUGUUAAAAUAAAAAUAAAUUAUGUAA